AUGCCGGCCGUUGCCGACGCGGCGGCCGCUGCGGAGCCGGCGGGCGACGCUUCCAUGUACGAUGCGGAUCACGAGCUCGUCCGCGAGGUCGUCGCGCACCUCGCCCACUCGCAGCCCUGGCUGGGAGACUCCCGGCGUGUAGUGCAAGAGAUGCUGCGGUGCCUCAAGUGCUACGCGGACGCCGAGCACCCUGAGAUGUACAGCAUGCCGGCGGUGCUGGACGAGGCAUGGCACGCGUUCAUCCUCAACACGCGCGACUACAUCGCAUACUGCUACGCACACUUUGGACGCGUCAUUCACCACAGCACGGCGACGUCGCGCGACACGGAGGAGGAGAAGGAGGAACGACGGGCGAACCUGAGGGGGGCGUAUGCGGGGACGCACGGGCGCGCGCCGCCGGAGGACGUGUGGGGCGGCGCGGGGUCGAUGGCGCUGGCGCUGCCUGCAAAGCGGCAACGCACGGAGUCGCAGGAAGAGGCGCCCGAGGUCAGGAUGCGCUUGACAUUUCGCGACCAGUCUGGAAGGAGCAUCAACUUUAAUGUCAGACCCACGACGCGGUUCGAGGUGAUGAUGAAGAAGUACUGCGAGCACUUUGAUGUCGAAUUGAAGGAGGCGGCCUUCAGGUUCGAAGGCUCUCGAUUGAUGCCUGACGGCACGCCUCGUGAGAUGGACAUGGAGGACGGCGAACAGGUGUACGUCAUCAUCAAACAGGCAGGAUGCUAG